AUGGCAACCUACAGUGGGCUCAGCUGUCUCCGCAAACCCGCCGUCAGGGACUCGGUCGAUCUCGAGAAGGUGCUGACGGUGAUAGUGGCUUUGGAACCAUGCAGGCACACCGGCAAGGAGUCUGUGAGCAUCAUCACCUGGCUGAAGCGCCUCUUCACAAGGAAGUCAGAGUCAGGCAAGCAAGCGCCUGUAAAGUGCGUGAAAUGGGAGGAUGGCUCAAAUUACUACGGCACACUGCUCAACGGCAGGAUGCACGGCCAGGGGCGCUUCACCGAGCCUGACGGCUACUGCUAUGAGGGCAGCUGGCUGUGUGGUAAGAAGCACGGCAAGGGAGAUGAGCGAUCAGCCGAUGGCUCUGCGUACGUGGGGGACUUCGUGAAUGGCAAAUAUCAUGGGCAAGGCUGGUACACCACGGCAAACGGCUACAGCCACAGAGGGGCAUAUGAGAAUGGCAGGCAAAACGGCCCAGGAGCGGAGACUUUCCCCAAUGGCGAGUCAUACACUGGAAACUACAAGAAUGGCACCCGCCAUGGCAAGGGGGAGUAUCACUUCUCCCCAUCAGGGAAGAUUUUGGACAUCGAGGACGGCAAGCUGUUCUGCAUGAGCUUGGAGGUGCUCAGCAAAGAGAAGGGCAAAAAGCAAGCCAAGUCUAGCCGUGGCACGCUUGUCGGGCAGUGGAAGGAGGAUCUGCCACACGGGCGCUGCCGCUUCGACAGGUAUUGCGGACACGUCUACGACGGCGAUUGGCAAGCCGGCAAACCGCAUGGCACAGGCAAGGUGAUUUGGAAGAGCGGCGCGACAUACACAGGGCAGGUGAAGGAUACUCAGCUGCACGGGCAGGGCACAAUGACAUACGCCAACGGAGAUGUGUACCGCGGUGGUUGGGUCAAGGGGAAAAGGUCUGGCCAAGGGGAAUUGCGCGCUGCACCCGGCUCGGGCUUCCACUCGCAUGCACCCUAA